AUGGCAGCAGCCAUGGCUCCGACUUCGCUGCUUGUGCUGGUCUUGCUCAUCCUCUGUCACGGCGUUGAGCUCUCCGCCGCGGCCAACGUGACGUACGACCACCGGGCGUUGGUGAUCGAUGGAAGACGAAGAGUCCUCGUCUCCGGCUCUAUCCACUAUCCUCGCAGCACCCCCGAGAUGUGGCCCGACCUCAUCGAGAAGUCCAAGAGCGGCGGGCUCGACGUCAUCGACACCUACGUCUUCUGGGACAUCCACGAGCCCGUUCAGGGCGAGUAUGACUUCGAAGGGAGGAAGGAUUUGGUGCGGUUCGUGAAGGCGGUGGCGGCGGGCGGCCUCUACGUUCACCUUCGGAUCGGUCCUUACGUCUGCGCCGAGUGGAAUUACGGUGGGUUCCCUCUUUGGCUGCACUUCAUCCCUGGAAUCGAGUUUAGGACUGACAACGAGCCCUACAAGAAGGAGAUGCAACGUUUCACGACAAAGAUUGUGGACAUGAUGAAGUAUGAAAAGCUCUAUGCGUCGCAAGGUGGACCUAUCAUCCUGUCACAGAUUGAGAAUGAGUAUGGAAACAUAGAUGAUGCUUAUGGCAAAGCAGCCAAAACUUAUAUCGACUGGGCAGCAUCAAUGGCAACCUCUCUUAACACAGGCGUACCAUGGGUGAUGUGCCAACAAGCUGAUGCCCCUGACCCCAUUAUCGACACUUGCAAUGGCUUCUACUGUGAUCAGUACACUCCAAACUCGUAUCACAAACCGAAAUUUUGGACUGAGAAUUGGAGCGGUUGGUUUCUCGGCUUCGGUGACAGUGUGCCAUACAGACCCGCUGAAGAUCUUGCAUUUGCUGUAGCUCGAUUCUACCAACGUGGCGGUACCUUACAAAACUACUACAUGUACCAUGGAGGCACCAACUUUGGACGCACUUCAGGUGGGCCAUUUAUCACUACGAGCUACGAUUAUGAUGCUCCCAUCGAUGAGUAUGGUCUUGUUAGGCAACCUAAGUGGGGACACUUGAGAGAUCUACACAUCGCCAUAAAGCUUUGUGAAGAAGCAAUGGUAGCAACAGAUCCAGAGUCCAUUGAUCUCGGGCCAAACUUGAUCGGAGAUGUUUAUCGAGCAGAAUCAGGGAAAUGUGCAGCAUUUCUUGCCAAUAUCGAUAACAAAACUAAUGCCACUGUUAUUUUUAAUGGUAAAACCUACUUUUUGCCUGCAUGGUCUGUGAGCAUUCUUCCUGACUGUGAGCAUGUCGUCUUCAAUACUGCACAGAUAAAUUCUCAAACUACUCUUCCAGAGAUGAAAUAUGUAAACAGUGAUGAUCAGAGCUCCGAGUUAGCAUGGAAAUAUGUCCAAGAGCCUGUGGGCAUCUCAAAGUCCAGUGCUUUUGUGAAAGCAGAGAUACUCGAACAGAUAAACACUACUGCUGAUGCCAGUGACUAUCUUUGGUAUUCAACAAGUCUCGAUAUCACUGGAAAUGAACCAUUUCUUUCGGAUGGGAGUGAGUGCACACUGCAUGUGGAGUCUCUUGGGCACGUCCUCCAUUCUUUUGUUAAUGGACAGCCAACAGGCAGCGCGAUCGGAAGCGGCGGCGAUUCGAAAGUCUCUCUGAAUCUAACAAUAACCCUUGUCAAAGGAAUCAACAAAAUUGAUCUCCUGAGCGUGACUGUUGGUCUUCAAAACUACGGUGCAUUUUACGAAAAACAGGGCGCGGGAAUAAUUAGCCCUGUGUUGCUAAUAGGUAAAACUGCCAGUGCAAAUCUAUCUUUAAGCGAAUGGACUUACCAGAUUGGACUACAAGGUGAAGACUCGGGCUUGUAUGAUUCAGGAGAUUCAUCAGUAUGGCAUUCACAAGCUGACUUGCCAAAGUAUGUGCCUUUGGUGUGGUACACGACAGAGUUUGAGGCCCCUGCCGGGAACGAUCCUGUCGCGAUAGAUUUCACCGGAAUGGGAAAGGGAACGGCAUGGGUGAAUGGGGAAAGCAUCGGCCGGUAUUGGCCGAGCUAUCUCGCUCCAGAAUCUGGCUGCGAGCCAUGCGACUACAGAGGCAAUUACGAUGCAAAAAAGUGCCGGAAGAACUGUGGACAACCAUCUCAGACACUGUACCAUGUUCCCCGUUCGUUCAUCCGGCCGGGCCAAAACAAGCUGGUCCUUUUUGAAGAAAUGGGCGGCGAUCCGACGAUCAUAUCUUUCACCACGCGACAGAUAGCCCGGCUAUGUGGGCAUGUGUCUGAGAAUCAUCCGCCGCCUGUGCGAGCUUGGAACAGUACGAAUAAAUCACCAGUGCUCCAUCUAGAAUGCCCUCGUCCUGACCAGGUCAUAUCUUCGGUGCCAUUUGCAAGCUUUGGUACUCCUUAUGGCACUUGUGGGAGCUACAGCCAUGGCGGAUGCAGCAGCUCCAGGGCUCUUGCUAUUGUGAAGCAGGCAUGCGUUGGAGCCACGAGCUGUGACGUGGAAGUAUCGAUCGACUUGUUCGGUGAUCCUUGUGCGCAUGUCGGUAAGAGCCUUGCGGUUGAAGUUGCAUGCUCUUGAUGAAGCAGAGAGCCAGCGGCGGCGCAGUGACUAAAUUUCAGUAAAAAAAAUUGUAUGUUUUGAAUCUUUGAAAGCAAUAAAGUUUGUUUUUCUUAGGUUUAGCAUUAUUCGAAGAAAUACAUCUAACUCGUGAUCGUAAGAUCAUACAGUAGCAAUUUUACCC